AUGACAUUAAACUGCUGUGAUAAUAAACUGCUUGGUUUUGCUUAUAUUAACCUAGAUUCGAGAGAUUCCAUGGUGAUGUUUCCAGAAGAAAUAUGGGAGGAAAUAUUUAAAAAGAUUGACGACGUUGCUGAUUUAAUAAAACUUCAAUCUGUAUGCGUGAGUUUCAAUAAAUGGAUAAGAAGACUAUUGGAACGAGAUGUCAAUUGGAAGAAACGGUGUCAAGCUAUUUCAGACCAGGGGCACUAUGAAAUUUUUACCAAAGUUUAUCCAAAUUUGAUUAAUGAGAUCGAUUCAUCUUGGAAAAAUGACAUUGAUAAUCGUGACUGGCGGAAAAUUUUCAUGUCUUGGAAAAAAUGGAAUUUUUCCUUAAAUCGAGAAGUGUUUAUUGAUUCUAUUUAUGAUUUUCCGACGUUUUCCAGAAACGAAGUUAUCACUUGCAUAGAUGUCUGGGAAAUAGAUACUAAUAAUUGCUUCGGCGGUAGAAUUCUCAGUAUCAAUCGGAAUUGUUGUUAUUUGACGUAUAAUAACUAUUUAAUACGCACAAAAUAUUGCGCUGUGAAUAAGCUAAUCAUUCCUGAUUCAGUAUCUACAACACUACUAAGUCCACAUGAAGAAAUCAUCGCAACUUAUUCGUCAGAUGAAUUUACUAGUAUAAUAACAAACGAGAAGUCUGUAAUCAGUAGAUAUGUAAUAAAUACUACAAAUACUGAGUAUGAAGAUGAUGAUUUCAGUAUUGAAUUGGACAAUGAUUUAGAAAAUGCAGUUGUGAAAAAGUUUUAUGCACUAUCACCCAAUGUUAUGGUUGGACUAUGUGAUCAUUUAAUGGCGGUCAGUAUCGAUAAUAAGCCUUGGAAAGUUUACAACGUUUUUAAGCACUUUCUGUCUAUUGUUACUGCGAUUAUUUACCAUGCUAACAUUUUAAUCUUGGGCUUUGAUUCAGGAUAUGUUGCUCUCUUUCGUUUAAACAAUCUUCAAGAUUUAUUAGACUUUAAUUUUACAACACAAUUCUCCAAAAAAAUAAAAGUUGAUGGCCAACCUAUUAUUUCAUUGAAUGUAACAGAUAUCCAAGAUGAACAAUUUAUUAUUUCAACUAGUGAGAAAAAUUUUCAUGUUAUAAGAUUUUUCAAAUCAACAUGUGAUGUAACAAAAAUUGAACCCAAAUCGAAAGAAGUCGGGGUCAAAAGUGUUCGAUUCGGUGUAGUAUCCCUGUAUGUUGAAGAGGAUAAGUGA